AAAAAAACAAAAAAGAAUGGGCAAAAUAUUAUUUUUAUAAAAAAAAAACAACUUUCUCAGCUACUGAUAACUGAGAGAAACAAAGCUAAAGCCAACGGUUUUUUUUUUUCAGUUCCACAAACAAUUAAACAAUCAACUUCUUUUCUUCUCUGAUUCAAUUUUUUUUGGCGUUUUGGAGGUUGAGUUUUUUUUUUUGAGUUAAAGUUCUUGGACUCGGUAACUCAGUAAUGGCAAUUACGAGUCCGAGUCAUUGCGUACGAGUUUUGAUUCUGGUGAUGUUAUUAUCUCCACCGUCGAUUACUCAGUGAGCUGUUGCAAUUCUCAAAUAAGUUUGUUACUCGUUGUAUUCGUUUUGUUUUUUUAUGCUCACUUGAAAACUUGUGAUCUCGCCGUUGGUUUAUUUGAAAUCUCUCUCCAGAUCUGAGUUUUCUCCGGUUUCAAUCAACGGCAUCGGUGAUGUCGAGUUUUGUUCUUUCGAAUCCCAGUGGAGCAUUGGGAAACAUCUGUUCGUUUUUUGUGAAAGCUGUAGUUGUUGUGAGUUGUGCAAUUUCCGUUGCCAGUGCUGAUUUUUCGAAUAAUCUGCGCCGAGCACCAGUACAAUCUCCCACUAGAGCUCGUGAGGGUGCACCAGCUGUUUCUGGUCUUCCCUUACCUUCCAAUCUGCCAUUGAUCCAUAGAUCACACCGAAGACAUUUUUCACCUCAUGGUGCACCAACACUUAUAGCACCAGCCCAACCUCCUCUUUAUGGUCCACUUAUAACGGUCCGUCACCCUCCUACCAUCCCACACUUGUCGAAACCAUCAAUGAAGAGUGCCUCGAUGCCUCCUGGUGCAAACUUGCCAAAUAUUGCCCCUACACAGAUCAGUCCUGGGGAAAUUCCUUCUGGUUUGGCUCAACCACCAUUAUCUCCUGAAGUGUCUAAUUGUUGCAAACGAAAUUCAAUUUUGAAACGAGGGAGUCAUGGUUGCCAUUGUGUGUAUCCCAUAAAGCUCGACCUUCUCCUUUUAAAUGUCUCACAAAACGCGAAUUGGCGUGCUUUUCUAACCGAAUUAUCUUCUCAGCUUCAUUUGCUGCCUACUCAAAUUCAGAUUAUCAAUUUUUAUUCGCUCAGUUUAUCUAGAUUAAAUAUCUCCAUGGAUAUUACUCCACACACAGGGAUCAGUUUCUCUGCUCUUGAUGCAUCUAAAAUAAACUCUUCACUUGUGAUGCAUAGGGUUCGGUUUGACCCAAAUAUAGUUGGAGAUUUCGAGGUCCUUAAUUUUACAUGGUUUGAAGCUCCAGCACCUUCCCCAGCACCUGUCGUACUUCCUGAACCAGUAGCUGCACCGGCACAUAAAUCCUCCAAUGCUAAAUCACCAAGCCCUUCAAACAAGGGGAAGCAUUCGGAUUUGAUUCUUGUCUUUGGUAUAUCUGCUGGCAUACUGGUUUUUGCUAUAGUAUCUGUGCUCAUAAUUUGUUCAUGUACAUUCCGUGAGGGAAAGGCUAAGCCUAAAGCAUCUCCUACAGAACCUGUAAAGCCAAGGACUGCUGAUGUGGUUGCACAAGCAGGGUCUCUUCCCCACCCAAGCAGUACAAGGUUUUUACAGUAUGAAGAACUUAAAGAAGCAACAAACAACUUUGCACCUGCGAGCAUACUAGGGGAGGGUGGAUUUGGCAGAGUUUUCAAGGGUGUUUUAAGUGAUGGUACAGCUGUAGCUAUUAAAAGGCUUACCAGUGGAGGGCCUCAAGGAGAUAAAGAGUUUUUAGUUGAAGUUGAGAUGCUUAGCAGGUUGCAUCAUCGUAAUCUUGUGAAGCUUGUAGGUUACUAUAGCAGUCGCGAUGCUUCACAAAACCUGCUUUGUUAUGAGCUUGUCCCAAAUGGAAGCUUAGAAGCAUGGCUCCAUGGCCCCUUGGGAGUAAAUUGUCCACUGGACUGGGACACCAGAAUGAAGAUUGCCCUUGAUGCUGCAAGAGGACUAGCAUACCUGCAUGAGGACUCCCAGCCGUGUGUCAUCCACAGAGAUUUCAAAGCAUCCAACAUAUUACUUGAGAACAACUUUCAUGCUAAAGUUGCUGAUUUUGGCCUUGCGAAACAAGCACCUGAAGGCAGAACAAAUUACCUGUCCACUCGUGUAAUGGGCACAUUUGGGUAUGUAGCUCCUGAGUAUGCUAUGACCGGACAUCUACUGGUAAAAAGUGAUGUUUACAGCUAUGGAGUUGUACUGCUUGAGUUACUCACUGGAAGGACGCCUGUAGAUAUGUCACAACCAUCAGGACAGGAGAACCUUGUCACUUGGGCAAGGCCAAUCCUGAGAGACAAGGAUCGGUUGGAGGAGCUUGCCGAUCCAAGGCUUGGAGGGAAAUACCCGAAGGAAGAUUUCGUACGAGUUUGCACAAUUGCAGCUGCUUGUGUUGCUCCGGAAGCGAGCCAAAGGCCCACAAUGGGUGAAGUAGUACAGUCUUUAAAAAUGGUGCAGCGUGUUACGGAAUAUCAAGAUUCCAUGUUAACCAAUUCAAACAACCGGCCCAACCAGAGGCAGUCUUCUACUACUUUUGAGUCAGACGAGACAUCAUCAAUGUUCUCUUCUGGUCCUUACUCUGGCUUAAGCGUUUUCGACAAUGACAAUAUCUCAAGGACUGCAGUUCCCUCAGAAGAUCUUCAUGAAGGACGAUGAAUACUUUGAAUGAAGAAAAAGUGGAACAGCAGCGGCCUUCACUCAGAAGCUCGUGAAAACUCGAUACCACAGUGAGAAUUUUUCUCUGUAGGAAACGAUGGUAUUUCGAAAAAGAACCUUUAGGAAGUGUUGUAGAUUCUGUAAUUUGGUGGAUAGAAGGGGAAUGGGUGCUUCUUGUUGUCCCAAUUGUUGUACCACUGUUAAAUUUCCCCCCAUGCAGUGGUGGAUGAAAUUUUGUACAUAUGCACAUUAUAGCCUUUUUCUAUUGGAUUUGCAUUCAAGGGUUUAUGUUAAA